AGUAAUGUUUGUCCUUAAUCAGUGAAGCCAGCGCGCAAAUACGGCUGUACUUGUAUAAUAUAGCUUUUGUCAUGUUUUCAUAUACACGCAGACUGAUUUUAAUUGGAAUUUAAAACAUACAAUGAAGUGUAUGACUGGGGUGCCGUAAAGUCUUAGAAGCAAAUUUUCCGAGGUGGACUUGAAUGUAGCAAGACUCAAUACAGUAGACCGUCGUCUCUUUUUUCCGAUAGUUAACCUGCGUCGAUUUUAAAUGAUAAUAUUCACCCUUGCCUUCCUGGGUGUUAUUUUUAUCAUUUAAACAUAUUUAUGCGGUUGCACCAUCCAAACUACCAAGACGAAGAUGACUUCUAAACUGAAAGUUGGGAAGGUUGGCUCCAAGAAUAAGGAAGAUGCUCCUUAUGAGCUGGAGAGCCAGUUUAUUCUCAGGCUGCCUUUGGAGUAUGCUUCAACAGUUAGAAGGAUUGCCCAGUCUAGCAGUAUGAACAUGAAAGACAGACUCACCAUCGAGUUGCAUCCUGAUGGUCGUCAUGGCAUAGUGAGAGUAGACCGUGUCCCUUUGGCCUGCAAACUCGUGGAUCUGCCCUGUAUGAUUGAGUCUCUGAAAACUGUGGACAAGAAGACAUUUUACAAAACUGCUGAUGUCUGCCAGAUGCUGGUCUGUACACUAGAUGGAGACCUUUACCCUCCUUUAGAGGAGCCAACUGGCACCGACCCUAAGAGCAAGAAGAAGGACAAAGACAAGGACAAGAAAUUCAUUUGGAACCAUGGCAUCACCUGCCCUCUGAAGAACACACGCAAGAGGAGAUUUCGGAAGACUGCAAAAAAGAAGUACAUUGAAUCUCCUGAUGUGGAAAAGGAGGUGAAGAGAUUGCUGAGCACAGACGCAGAAGCUGUCAGUGUCCGGUGGGAAGUAAUAGCAGAAGAUGAGUCCAAGGAAGCAGACCAGCACGGCUCACUGGCCAACCUGGACUCCUCACCUGGCACCUCAGGACACAAGAUGGGUCAUGGGUCCUCUGCCCAACGUGACGAACUGAGGGAGAUCUUCAACGAUAUCAGCAGCUCCAGUGAGGAUGAAGAGGACGAAGGAGACCGGCACGAGGACGAGGACCUAAAUAUCAUGGACACAGAGGAUGAUCUGGUCCGACAGCUCCAAGACAAACUCAACGAGUCUGAUUCUACACAGCAUGAAAGUGACAGAAACAACCAAAUAGUUAUGGAGUAUCAGGUGCAGAUCAACAGCAUCAAGGCCAAGCUCCAGGAUACCCGUGCCAGGAAGAAACAGCAGGAGGAGCUCAUCAUGAAAGUGGAAAACCAGGCUCUCAAAAACCGUUUCCAGGCCUUGUUGGAUGAGAUUAUUCAGCAGGAGGAGCGGGAGAUGGAGCAGCUGGCCUCCCUGCAGGAGCAGCUGGACUCACUGAUAGAGAAGUGACCACCAGGGGGCAGCCUCAUGUCAUCCUCAGCCACACACACACACACACACACACACACACACACUCUCACAAUCACCAUGAAGAGGAGGAGAAGCGUCUUCAUCCAGGGAGGAGGGAGUCAUCAUUAGCUAACUUGCUGUGUCAUUCCUUUCAGUUUGUCAUUUUCAUACAUUACACAUACAGCACACUGAUUUUUUUAAUAUUAAAGAUGAAUAGAUUUCAUUAAGUUGACAGAAUUUGUUGUUAACUACUAUGUGACAAAAGUAUUUGGUCAGCUUCAAGGAGGUGAAUAUCAUGUCUGUUUUGUUUGCCAUCGUGAAGCUAACCCACUUUUACUCAAACGAAACAUCUUUGUAUUUCAUUACCUGUAUGUAGAAUAAAUUACACAAAUUGACACGAGUCAAAACUGUCAA